UAAAUAUUUAAUAAAUUUAAUUUUUGAUCAGACACAACAAUCAAACAAUACAAGGUUUCUGUCCAAUUUCAACAUGCUCAAUUUUUAGCUUCAACUAUCGAUUCUCUUUCUAUCUAUCUACCAUUCUUUGUUUUCAUUUCACUUGAUUUGGUCAAAUUCGAUACCCCACAAAAAAAAUGCAUACUUUGAUGGGUUUCUUCUGAUUCCGUGCCCAACAUCAGUGGGUCUCUUGUUUCAGAUCCUAUUUAUUUUCUUUCAGCUGAUGUACACAAACAUGGGGCUUCAAUUUCAUGUUAUGGAGCUCAAUAAGGUUGAAUUGGUGUGUUAGAUUUGUUGGAAAAGUAUGGAAAUUUUGUUUAAGAAAAGAAGAAUCUAUAGUCCUUGAUUUGGUCAUUUGAGGAAGUAAGUACUAUGGCUUUUGUCCCCUAAAGGUGUAAUAGCCCAGUGGUAUGAGUUGGAAUGCUGAAGGAGUACUUAGAAGGAGGGUUUUCAAUUCUGUGGUCAGUGAUUUUGAUAAAGCACUGGUUGGUUGUGAUGACAGGUUUUGGGUUGAAAUUGUGUUGAAUGGGGAUUCAAACAAUGGGUUCUCAAAGUAAUGGGCAGCAGUCUCAUUUACAGCCUCCUCAGUUAACUAAGCAAAACUCAUGGUAUGGUCUCACUCUUGAUGAGGUUAACAAUCUACUAGGUGAUUUAGGGAAGCCAUUAGGGAGCAUGAAUCUCGACGAGCUUCUUCAGAAUGUAUGGACAGCUGAAGCUAAUAAGGUUAUGGGGAUAGAGGAGGAGCAUGUUUCAUCUUCGUCUUCUCUUCAACGUCAGGCUAGUAUGACCUUGGCUCGUGCUUUAAGUGGGAAGACGGUGGAUGAUGUAUGGAGAGAAAUUCAGCAUGGCCAGAAGAAACGAUAUGGAGACGACAUGAAAAUUGAGGAUAGGGAAACGACUCUUGGUGAUACAACAUUGGAAGAUUUUUUAGUACAAGCGGGGCUUUUUGCGGGAGCUUCUGUUAGUCCAACUGCAGGGUUGGAUGUAAUGGAUACCGCUAUCCCUCAAAACUUUCAACUAAAAGCCGGCCUGUUAUCCUCUCCUUCAAUUAGUAGUUUAUCAGACACAAAACCGAGUCGCAAAAGGGAUGCUCCGGAUGCGUAUGAGAAGGCUUUGGAAAGGAGGCUGAGAAGAAAAAUCAAGAAUAGGGAAUCUGCUGCGCGUUCACGGGCAAGAAAACAGGCUUACCAUAAUGAACUGGUUACCAAGGUUACUCUACUAGAACAGGAAAAUAUAAAGCUCAAGAAAGAGAAGGAGUUCGAGCAGGGGCUACCACCUGAAUCAUCACAAGAACCAAAAUAUCGUCUUCGAAGAAUAAGUUCUGCUCUUUUCUGACAUGUGACCAGCAGUGAAGUUUUCUUGUUCCAAGUUCAUGGCUUUAUGUUGAAGCGUCCUGGAUAAAGAGAAACUUAACUUCAUCCAAAGUGUUGCUGCUCCUGGUGUGCUUUCGCUACAGUAGUAGCUUGUUCGAUCUACGGGUAUAUUUAACUAACUAAAGGGUACAUAUUAGCUAAGGUUUGAUGUGCAUAGGCUUCAGCAUUCUCUGUUUGUGUGAGAAUUAAGAUUGUGUUUGUGGUUGUAAGCUGAUGUGAUUAUUAGGGAAUCUAGUUAUCAAAAAGGCGACUAACUUCCAAAGAAACUGAAUGAAACUAAGUAGGUCCUUAUUAGCAUUUUUAAAUUGCAGCAUUGUAAUAGACUUAAUCUUAGUUACUGUGAUUCAGCUACGGAAAGUUGGUGUGCUGUGUAGAGAGAUUUUCUAGAAGAAUUAAAUAGCAAAUGAAAAAAUAGUUUAUUAUAA